GUUAACUUUUUGUUUUUUUUUCAACUUGCCGUCUGCUGAUUUACACCACUUACGGCAACAGCAACAGCAGCUGUCUUGAUUAUAUUAUAGUUCUUGCGAUAAGCACAGUGGAUUCUUGUUGUUAAUUUUGUUAUUUAUAUCAUAUUAUCGGUGUGUGCAAGUGCAACGCGACUCGUUAUGUUUUUUCCCUAUUAUUAUCGAACCGAACUGUAAUUUGUCGUGCCGCCUCCGUUGUAAAAGCUGUCCGCAGCAACGUCAUGUGCUAUUGGUUUUUUUUCUCUCCUAACUACUAACCGGUUGAAUAUCAAUAAUUUUUUAUUAUUCGUCGCGUCUCUUUACGCCGCCGAUCGUUUCGGACAAAACGCGUAUUUUGAAAACGAGCAUUUUGUUGCUUGAGUGAUGGUCAACUACGAAAAGGCUGUAAAUUAUUCACAUUUGACUUACAAGACAUCCCCUAACGGUGGCAUGACGACUGAGCCACAAAUGGCCAUAGUGCACCCGGAAGACCCUAAUAUACAGUAUUCUCCGUUUGUGCUGCGGACACCGACCACAGAAAUAAACGGAAUGCCGUCUUGUUUGCCUAAAAACAAUUGCAUUCAUCAACAGAAUAUGUACAACAGGCCUCCGCCUCAUGUGUGCGGUAGUUAUGACAUGUCACCAUCGACAGGGCCAAAAUCUAGAUCUUAUAGGUAUACGAAAAGAUCUCUGGAACCAAAACAAGUUGACUAUGCGGCCAGAUUAUCAGAAAUAAAAUUGGAUAAAGAAAAAUCGCCCGUAGCCAAACUAAAUGAAAUCAUGGCAAUACAAAAGUUUAACGUCGAAUACACUUUAGUGUCAAUGUCAGGACAAGUUCACAGUCCACUUUUUACGUAUCGUGUUAAAGGGGGUGACAUGGUCGUUUACGGUACUGGCAAAUCAAAGAAAGACGCUAAACAAAAUGCAGCGAUUGAAUAUUUGGAAAAACUUGACUGUGCUGAAAAUAAUGCAAUAACAUCAACGACUCGCAAUCGUUCAUGUAGCCCUACAGUUUAUGAAGCUCCUCAAAAGAUAAUGGACACCAAGUCGGACAUUAAUCCAAUUGGAGUACUUCAGGAACUAUGUAUGGCUCGACACUGGCAACUUCCCGAGUAUGAUUUUCCUCAAGAAGAUAUUAUUGGCGAACCUCAUAAUCGUUUGUACCGAGUGACAUGUACAAUUUUGACUUACAGAACUCAAGGUGAAGGCAAAACGAAACAAGGGGCUAAACGACAAGCAGCGAGGUUUAUGUACGAUUUAAUGAAAAAUUUAUCACGGGAACAGAUUGAGGAUCUUUCUUAUAACGAGCCAUCAAAUCAGACAUCCGCCAAUGAGAUAUCUUCAAAAAAACAGCCGUUGGAUAUCAAAAAGGAACCGAUGCAGUUUGUGUCGACGGACGCUUUGAAACAAGUGGAAAAGUUUUUCAACCAAUUGAAAAAAUCAGAGAAGCCGUGUUUAAACGCUUUAAAUAAUCUGAAAUCGUUAGACGAGUUAAAACCUGGUGCGGUCGAUCUUUUAGACAAAAUUGGAAAUGAAGAAGGUUUUCGUACUUCUUAUGUCAUGUUGUCUAAUAAAUCUAAUCAUGUCACAGAUAUCAUGGUACAAGUUUCCAUCAACCCCGUUAUGGUGUACGUCGGUUCCGGAGCGUCGAUUAGUGAAGCACAAGAAGCAGCAGCUUUUGCCGCUUUGGUCUAUUUUAAGCUAAUGCUUGAAAAAUAAAUGUUUGUUUUGUAUUGAUAAUUUUUCACACCAAAAACUGUGCAAUUUAAUUGAAGAAUUUACCAUUCAAAUAACCAGUGUAACUGAAUCAUUUUUCUGUAUUAAUAAUUUUUUGAUAAGUUGGCUUAAAAGUUAUAUAUAACCCAACUUUACCAGUUUGUAAUUAAUUUAGUUAUUUAUAAUAUGUUUGUAUUAACAAUUGGCAACUAUUAUAAUUGGGUAAAAACCAAUUC